UCCACGAACAAUGACACUUGGGGUGUCUAAGGCCUGAACGACACAGAGAUUGGGGGACCACUCUGAAGUUGUUAAACGGGAAACUGGUGUGGAUACUGAAGUUCAGUUUUCUCUGCGUCCUACGGGACAGACCGUUACAAACGUGUACUGGAGUGGAACCUGGGACCUCUGAGGAGAGCAUGUGUUUGAAUCUGAAGUCAGCUUGGGACAUUACUCAGCCUUCAGGAGACGGGUGGCAUUGCUCCUCAGCUCGAAGCAAGAUUGCAAGUGCGGAAUGUAUGUUGACGGUCGUUCCUGGCGACUGAAGCGAGAACUUUGCAGUGCAGAAGUUGGACCAUCUUAUUCCAGAGAAUAAAUACCAUUUCUUGCUCUCCUGGACUGCUUAAGGUGAAGUGAAGGUAGCAAGGAAGCAGAAAUGGAUGUGUUUGGUGGUGCACCACGUUUUUUGGCCUAUCCAAGACCUGUGGUGGUACAAAGUGGGACUGAUGCAGUCCUGAAGUGUCAAAUUGGUGGCGACCCAAGGCCUGCAGUUAUCUGGGAGCGAAACAAUGAAAAGAUUGACCCAGAAGGACGAUAUAGGGUCUUUGAGGAUGGAAAUGUUUACAAUCUCAUAAUUUCAGCUGUGACCACAGAAGAUAGUGGCCAGUACAUAUGCAAAGCAAAGAACAGCAUUGGGGAAACAUAUGCAGCGGCCACACUGAAAGUGGAAGGUGAAGCACAAGAGAUGGAGCUACGAGAGGAAAAUAAGCCACGAUUCCUCAUCAAGCCCCUCUCCACUCGCGCGGGUCGUGGGGAAGAUGCUGUCUUCUCUUGUAAGCUAUGGGGAAACCCACGACCAGAGGUUGUCUGGGAGAAGGAUGGCAGGAAACUCAAUGAAAUAUUUGAAAGCACACAUUUCAGUGUGGGCUACCAGGACGGUGGAUGGUUCCAGCUCAAAAUCUUUAAGACUCGUGCACCAGAUGGUGGUGUGUAUACAUGCAAAGCCAGGAAUGAGUUUGGGGAAUCGUUGGCAGGAGCUGUGUUGCUUGUCGAUGCAGGCCCAGGACAUGAGGAAGAAGGAAAUCGUAAUGGCUACACAAAUGGCCACUGGAAAGCCCACCAGGGAAAACAGAGGAGUGGUAGGCAAGUGACAAACCGACUCAAAGACGACACCAUGACCAAGUCAACUAAAGUAAAAAUGUUUGCAGUGACAGAGGGCAAACAUGCCAAAUUCCGCUGCUUUGUGACUGGUAAACCCAAACCAGAAAUAAUUUGGAGGAAAGACGGCAGGCUGAUACUGUCUGGAAGGCGUUAUUUGUUAUAUGAGGACAGGGAAGGAUACUUCACGCUUAAAGUUCUGUACUGUAAGCAGAAGGAUAAUGGAGUUUAUGUUUGUGCUGCAUCAAAUACUGCAGGACAAACCCUCAGUGCCGUACACCUCUCCGUAAAGGAGCCACCUGUGCGGUUCAAACAGCCUCUCAUUGAUCUAGAAGUAUGGGAACGAGAUUUGGCUGUUCUUGAGUGUGAAGUUCCAGAGGACUCUGUUCCCAUCACAUGGUACCUGGAGGAUAGACGACUACAGCCGGGGGCCAAAUAUGGAAUGGAGGAGUGGGGAACAAAAAGGCGAUUAACUAUCCGUGACAUUGGAGUUGACGAUGAUGGGAUUUACCUCUGUGAGAUGCCCGAUGGGGGCAGAAGCAUUGCAGAGGUAGCUGUAAAAGGUACAAUUGUGCGAAAGCUUCCAAGAAAAGUGGAUGUCUUGGAAGGUGAAAAUGCUGCCUUUUGUGUUGAAGUGGAAAAAGAAGAGAUGGACAUACACUGGUACAAAGAUGGCACAGAGCUGCGUGAAACCCAUCAGACCAUUCUUAAGUCCUUUGGUCGAACUCACAUUCUGGUUUUCGUCAAUACAAUGCCCCAAGACUCUGGCCUGGUGACUUUUCUUGUAGGCAGAUCCAAGACUUCCUCUCAGCUCAGAGUGAAAGCGGCCAGGCAUUGUCCUCCCAGUUGUCCAGUGGGUGUGCAGAUCAACACAGAGCGUGCCAAUGCUGCUCUUCUGUCGUGGGUUCCUGCUCAGGAUUCACGAAAGAACCCUCCAUCUGGAUACGUGCUUGAGCGACAGGAAGUGGGCACUGGCUCACAGGAGUGGCUACAGUGCCUGACCACCGACACCGCAACCUCUGUGGAGAUCCUUGGUGACAGUGUACCAUGUGAGGCUGAUUAUCGAUUCCGCAUUUGCAGUGUAAAUAAAUAUGGAAAGAGCAACAAUGUUGAAUUCCCUAGAGCUGUUCACCUGGUUCCAGUGGCUAGGAUACAAGCUCCCUUACAGGAUGCCUUGGUGCCUGAGGGACAAGAUGCCAUCUUCUCUAUUGAGCUCUCUGCUUCAGUUAUUGGUACAUGGUUCUUAAAUGGUACUCAGCUUCAGGAGGAUGAACGUUUUUCCAUGCGUCGGUCAAGAACACACCAGUCUCUUCGCAUCCGAGGAGUACGUGAUACAGACAAUGGAGCUGAGAUUACGUUUAUUGCCUACGGCAUCCGGGACUCUGCAGCACUGUAUAUUCAAGCUCCUCUUGUCAAGUUUUCACCACUGUCAGAAAUGGAUCGAAACAAAUUUGUAGAAAUUGGAAACCCCAUUGUGCUCUACUGUGAGCUGUCAGACCCUGCAGCUCCAGUGCACUGGUACAAGAAUGGGGUGGAAUUACAAACAAUGGAGGGUCUUCAUAUCCAAUCAGAGGGCACCAUGAGAAGAAUUGUCAUCCAAUCAGCAGAGUUCUCACAUUCAGGAGUGUAUUGCUGUGAUGCCAUUGAUGAUGUCAUCAGGUUCAAUGUGGAAGUAGAGGCCCCACCUGUGAGGUUUUCAGCAAUUCCAGACGCUGAGAGGAACAAAACCGUCCAUACAGGCUGCCCCAUUGUUUUACAAUGUGAGCUCUCAGAUCCCUCUGCCCAGGUGCACUGGUACAAAGAUGGGUCAAAGCUCCAUCCUCAAAAUGGAGUAGAUAUUCUAACUGAUGGCUUGGCGAGAAAACUGAUUGUGCAUUCAGCAGAAUUUUUCCACUCUGGGUUAUACUGCUGCAAGACAAAGGGUGACACCAUCACGUUCAAUGUGGACAUCAAAGCUCCACCUGUGAAGUUCUCAGCAAUUCCUGAAGAAAUGAGGACCAAGUCGAUCGAAGCAGGCUGCCCUGUUGUACUCCAGUGUGUGGUAUCAGAUCCCGAGGCCCACGUUUGCUGGUACAAGGAUGAAAUGCAGCUCAUUUCAAACUCUACCAUAGAAAUCCACUCAGAGGGCAACACAAGGACAUUAAUUGUUCAGUCUGCAGAGCUGUGCCACUCUGGUGUGUACAGAUGCACCACACAGGAUGAUACCAUGGAGUUUCAAGUGGAGAUCAAAGCUCCGCCAGUGACAAUUACAACACUUUGUGAGGCUGAGAGGAACAAGUCUGUUGAAGCUGGCCAACCCAUAGUACUGCGAUGUGAGAUAUCAGACCCUAACGCUCAAGUUACUUGGUACAAGGAUGGAGUAAAACUACGUGAAGCAGCUGGCCAAGACAUGGUGGCAGAGGGUUCCAUAAGAACACUGGCUUUCCCAUCCGUGAUGCUGUCUCAUGCAGGGGUUUACAGCUGCAAGACAACAGAUGAUGCAGUGCAGUUUCAUGUGGAUGUAAAAGCUCCACUUCUGAAGUUUUCAGCCAUAUCUGAGGCUGACCAGAAAAAGACAGUCAUGGCGGGCUGUCCUAUUGCUCUACAGUGUGAGUUGUCAGACCCCAGUGGACAAGUCUGUUGGUACAAGGAUGGAACAAAGCUCCUACCUCAAAGUGGAAUAGACUUCCAGUCAGAGGGAAAUUUGAGGAGUCUAGUUGUCCCAUCAGCAGAGCAGGCUCACACUGGCGUAUACCGUUGUGAGUCAAAGGAUGAUGACAUUCAGUUCGCUGUGGAAGUAAAAGCACUACCUGUGAAGUUCUCAGAUCUUCAAGAGGCUGACAGGAACAAAUCCAUCCAGGAAGGCACUCCCAUUGUCCUCAGCUGUGAACUCUCGCAUGAUCCUUCUGCUCAUGUCGACUGGUACAAGGACGGGAUGAAACUCCUGCCGCAAAACAAUGUGGAGAUACAGUCAGAUGGUCUAACAAGGACGUUACUCAUCUAUUCAGCUGAAAACAUACACAGUGGCACCUAUGAAUGCUCAACAUCAGAUGACACCAUCAUAUUUAAAGUGGAAGUAAAAGGCCGAUCGCCACAGAUCAUGCCAAUCCCCCUGUCUGAAAAAUACAAGAUGAUUGCAAUUGGUUGUCCAAUUAUUCUCCAGUGUGAGGUCUCAGAUCCUGUUGCCCAGGUUUCCUGGUUUAAAGAUGGGGUGGAGCUUUUUUGCAAAACAGGCCUUGAUAUGAAAAGAGACGGCAGCUUCCGAAAAUUAAUGAUUCACUCUGCCAAGUCCUCAGACUUUGGCCUCUACAGCUGUAGCCUCGCUGACGAUGCUGUGAUAUUCCAUGUGGAUGUCGAAGCUACUCCAGUGAGGUUUUCAGCACUCCCAGAGGUUGCAAGAAACACAUUUGUUGAGGCAGGCUGCCCAAUUAAGCUGCAGUGUGAAGUCUCAGAGCCAACUGCCCAAGUCUAUUGGCACAAGGAUGGAGAACAGCUACUUCCAAAGAGUGAAUAUGAAAUCCAAAGCAGAGAAAAUCUGAGAGCACUGGUCAUUCAAUCAGCAGAAUUCAGACACUCUGGGCGGUACAGCUGUGAGGCCGCAGAUGACCAUAUAGAAUUCAAGGUGGAUGUUGCAGCACCACCAGUGACAUUUGCUGAUAUCCCAGAGGAGGACCUUUUCAAGAGUGUUGUGGAAAAAGAGCAGCUUGUUUUGUCAUGCGAGGUAUCAAGGACUGAUGGUGUUGUCCAGUGGUACAAAGACGGAACUGAAAUGCAACCAAGCGAUAACGUUACAAUGCAAGCAGAGGGCACCAAAAGAAGUCUGACGAUACAUUCAGCCCAACUGUCCGACACAGGCACAUACACGUGCCGCGCAGGAGACAAUGUUUUAAUCUUCAAAGUUAACAUCCGAGAACCUCCGGUGAUGAUAAUCUACCCUAAGGAGGACGUCUACCUUGACCGUCAUGUCCCUGAUGAAAUUAUUCUGAGCUGUGAAUUGUCUCGUCCCAAUGGUGUUGUCAGCUGGUACAAAGACGGCCAAAAGUUGCAAGAGAGUGAGAACAUAAAGCUCAAGAUCGAAGGCCCUUAUCGACGACUGAAGAUCCUGUCUAGUGGAGUGGAGGAUUCUGGAGAAUAUGUCUGUGAUACAGCUGAUGAUUCCAUAUUCUUUCACCUUAGUAUUACAGAACCUCCAGUGCGAAUUGUAUCCCCAAGUCAGUCACAAAUGGAACUGUGCCAGCAAACCUCUGAAAGGAUGGUACUGAGCUGUGAGAUCUCACGGCCCAAUGCGGUGGUGCGCUGGUAUCGAGACGGACUCGAAGUGGAGGAGAAUGACAACCUUAUUCUAGAGGUGGAUGGUGUCUACAGAAGACUUAUUAUACCCGAAACUACUGUCAAAGAUUCAGCAGAAUAUGUAUGCGACACAGCAGAUGAUUCCAUGACGUUCUUUGUAAACAUAGCAGAGCCUCCUGUUCGCUUUAUACGUCCCAGGAAGAUGGCAAGUAGAGUAGAGAAAGUAGCUGGGGAAACUCUGGUUCUAGACUGUGAAGUUUCGAGAGCAAAUGCUGAGGUCUCCUGGAAGAAAAAUGGGGAAGAAGUAGAAGACUCCAGAAACAUCACAAUCCUUGAGGAUGGUGUCAUGCGUCAGUUAACCAUUCACUCUCUAACAGUGGAAGAUGCUGGGCAAUAUGUCUGUGAUGCCAAGGACGAUGUGAUGGAUUUCCAUGUAACAGUCCAAGAAUUGCCUGUAAAAAUUCUUGGAAAAACCGGUGCAAAAACAGAAAAGCAGUUCUUAGUGUCAGAUGACAUUAUUCUUGUGUGUGAACUCUCAAGAUCCAAUGCCUCCGUCAGUUGGUACAAAGAUAAUCAGCUAAUUGAUGACACAGAGAAGUAUUGUAGUGAGGAACAAGGCGUUUUCCGAUCACUGGUUGUCCUAAAUGCUGGGUUCCAAGAUUCUGGAGAGUACACUUGUGAUGCAGUGGAUGAUAAGAUGGUCUUCCAUAUCACUGUCAAAGAGCCUCCAGUGCAGAUCAUUGGAAACUCAGGCCACCCGGAGCAUCAUAUCCUGGUAGCAGGAGAUGACCUUAUUUUGGAGUGUGAGGUGUCUCGGCCCAAUGCCACUGUUCAGUGGUUAUGGAAUGGCGAGAUACUGAAACCAGAUACUCGUAUAAAAAUUGACAGCUAUGACGUAGUGAGAAAGCUUGUUCUCUCUGGACUUCAGCCCACAGACUCUGGAGAAUACAUUUGCGAUGCCAUCGAUGACAAAUUAAUAACAAUUGUUGAGGUGCAAGAGCCACCGGCCAAGUUUGUGAAUAAAAAAGCGAGUAAUAGCAUCUCAGCCUAUGAAAAUGAGAGCGUUACACUGUAUGCCAUUGUGAGCCGUGAAAGAGCUAAUGUUCGGUGGCUGAAAGAUGGCCAACUAUUGAACGAGGACAACAUUCACAUUUCCAGUGAGGGUAAUACCCACAAGCUCACCAUUAAUCCCCUGCAGCUGUCAGAUUCUGGAGAAUAUGUUUGUGACGUAAACACAGAUGAGAUGUAUUUCAGUCUUUUAGUCAAAGAAAUGAAGGUGAAAUUUAUCAGACCAUUGGAGAAUAUUGUGUCUCUGAAGGGCAGCAGCCUUACACUACGAUGUGAAAUCAACAAGCCAAAAGGAGAUGUGCAGUGGUUAAAAGAUGGCCAGGAGAUCUCUCCAAGCCGCCGGCACACAAUACGGGCACAAGGUCGAGAGCGAAGCUUCACCAUCCAACAAAUAGUGGAAGAAGAUGCUGGAGAAUAUGCCUGUGAAUCCACAGAUGACAGGACCUCAGCUACUGUCACUGUAGAAUCUCCCCGUGUUGUCGAGUUCAUAGCGGAGCUUCGUAACAUCACGGUCUGUGAGGGAGAAGAUGCAGUAUUUAAGUGUGUGGUUUCACCAGAGGACACUCAGCUGGUGUGGCGCUUAAAUGGCAAGCAAGUAGCUCUGAAUGAGCGGACUGUCAUUUCAAGCAAUGGACUAUGCCACAUGCUCUGCAUCCACAACUGCAUGGUUUCAGAUAGCAGCAGAGUGACAGCUGAUGCAGAGGGGCUGAUAUCAGAAGCGGAGCUCCAGGUUCAAGAGCAACAGGUGCUGUUCACCAAGAAAAUGGCACCAGUUGUUGCUGAAGAGUACGGUGAGGCAGUUCUAGAGGUGGAGGUGAGUCUGGAUUCGGGGGAGGUGCAGUGGAUGAGGCAAGGGGUGCUGAUCCACCCUGAAGCCAAGUACACCCUGAAGCACAAGGGCCAAAAACACAGUCUCACCAUACACAAACUGGCCGUGUCUGACCGGGGCACCUACAGCUGUGAGACCCUCCACGACCGCACGCAAGCCCAGCUAACAGUGGAACCUCGCAAAAUCACAAUCAAGAAGGGACUGACGGACAUAAAAACCACAGAGAGAGAAACAGCCUCUUUUGAGGUGGAGCUCUCACACCCCAAUGUUCCAGGCACUUGGACGAGAAACGGCAUCCAGCUUAAGCCGACUAAUCACUUCCGUAUGAGUGCCAAAGGACCAGUCCACAGCCUCACCAUCUCCAACCUAUCAGUAGAAGACACUGGGACCUUUAUGUUCUGUGUAGAAAAUCUGAAGACAUCUGCAAGGCUUGUUGUGAAGGAGCCCCCAGUGGCCAUUUUCAGAAAACUGGAGGACCAGAAGUUCCCUGAAGGAGCAGUAAUCUCUAUUGAAUGUGAGCUGUCAAGACACAACGUCGAUGUAAAAUGGAUUAAGAAUGGAGUUGAGGUGAAGCCAGGCAAGGACCUGCGCAUUUAUGCAAUGGGAAGAAAACGGUUUCUUCAGAUCAUGAAAUCUCAUGUCAGUGAUUCUGGCGUGUAUACCUGCGAUGCUGGAGACGCUACUACAUCCUGCACUGUGGAGGUCUAUGAGCGUGAGUUGUUGAUCCUGCAGGGCCUUGAGGAUUUGGACAUGCAGGAAGAUCAGAACGCUGUAUUUCUUUGUGAGAUCUCAGUGGAGGAUGUGCCAGGAGAAUGGUACAAAAAUGGGGAGAGGAUACAACCCACCAGCACCAUCAAGAUCCGCCAGGAAGGGACCAAACAUUUUCUUCUUAUGUGCAAUGUGCGAGCAGAGGACUCUGGAGAGAUCAAGUUUGUAGCCAGACAUGUUGAAUCCAUCGCUUACCUGGAGGUGGAAGAGCUUCCUGUCAACAUUGUAAAACCUCUGCAGGAUAAGACAGCCCUCGAGAAGACCCGUGUGAUCCUAGACUGCACGGUGUCUAACCCCAGAUGUAGCAUCCGCUGGUACAAAGGCAGCAAUGUCAUACUGCCCUCCGAGCGCUUUGAGAUCUGCAGCGAGGGCUGUUAUCGCAAACUGAUCCUCCAGCACGUGGUGCUAGAGGAUGAGGGCACGUACAGUGUCCAGGUUGGAGAGCAUACAUGCUCUGCAAAACUGACAGUGGAGGCCCAGUCUCUGCUUAUGGUCAGAGAGCUGAAAGACGUGGAGGUCACGGCCCCCGAUGAAGCCUGCUUUGAGUGUGAGGUGUCAGUCCCUGUCCUCAAAGCUCCUGUGUGGAGUCUGAAUGGGGAGCCCUUACAGCCCAGCUCUCGGGUACGCCUGGAGAAGAUGGGCACAGUCCACAGGCUAACCCUCAGACAAACCUCCCCAGACAUGAAUGGAGUGGUGGAGUUCACCUCCGGGAAAGCGAAGAGCAGAGCCCAGCUCCUGGUGCUGAGUCGUCCCUGAGUGACAUCUUCUUUCUGUCAUCACCUAAUUGACCUGGAUUGUUUGUUGUAUUGAUGUUUUCAAGUUGUAACAUAGACGUUGCUUAUAUAUCUGCUUACAGUAUGUAAAAGUGGUUGAAACAGGGUUGUGAUGGCUUUUCAUGCAGUUCAGUUAAUUCAAGGAGUGGAUUUUCUUUCAGUGACUUGCCGCCAAGAAACGAGAUUUCUGUUCAUAUAAGAGUUGUCAUAGGGUGUGAAGAAACUUUAAAGCAGUUCCUUUAUCAUAAUACAAAGUGCAGUUUGACUGUAAAUAAAUGUCCUGUGUGAAAGUGUUUUGACUGUAACCGUGUUGUGAAGGUUGAAGCUGGACGUGUAUUUGUUCCAACCGAUAUCUGAUUUAAAUACUGUAAAAAUCAAAGGGCUUCACUCGUG